UUAUAAAUAGUUUCCUUGUCCCAUCACUUUUAUCAUUUCCAAAUUAGUCAAUGAGAAACGAUGAAGGCCUGCUUGAUUAUCGCACUGUUCGCUGUUGGCGUCCUCUGCCUUGUGACGGCAGAAAAUCAGGAGUUCACCAAAGAUGGCUUGGUGAUAACAUUCCAUAGCGAAAAGCUAAACAGAACUGCCGCAGCUCAAGUGUGCGCGGAGGAGGGUGGGACUCUAGGGAAGAUACCAAACAAGGCGAUUCAAGAUUUCAUCUUCGAAAAAGCAAAAGAACUCAAAGCGGCGAGAUUCAUUAAGAGUAGCUCUCUUUGGUUUGGUUAUGACUGCACGGAUGAGAGGAAGGCUAUUUGGAGCGAUGGGGAGGAUGUUGAUUACAAACACUGCGCGAAAUGGAGUUGUUAUACCAAAUGCAGGACUGGAGCCAACAAGUGGAUGUUCAGUGUGGUACCUUGCAAGUACAAGACUUGGCUGAAUGCCGGCGAAUGGUUCCGUGCAUGGAUCGGUAACACUGCGAGUUUCAUCUGCACCCACGACGAAGAGUAGGAAGACAGAGAAGUGGAUGCAGUGGAAUGUAGAUUGUGCAGUCCAAUUCAUUCCUACAUCAUCCAUCUCUAUUGGUACGGUAUAAAUAAAAUACUAGAAUCGCAA